CCCCGCCCGGGCGGCCAUGGCCAUUCCCGGCAUCCCCUAUGAGCGACGGCUUCUCAUCAUGGCGGACCCUAGAGAUAAGGCGCUUCAGGACUACCGCAAGAAGCUGCUGGAGCACAAGGAGAUCGACGGCCGUCUCAAGGAGUUAAGGGAACAAUUAAAAGAACUUACCAAGCAGUAUGAAAAGUCUGAAAAUGAUCUGAAGGCCCUACAAAGUGUUGGGCAGAUUGUAGGUGAAGUACUUAAGCAACUAACUGAAGAAAAAUUCAUUGUUAAAGCCACAAAUGGACCACGAUAUGUUGUGGGUUGUCGUCGACAGCUUGACAAAAGUAAGCUGAAGCCAGGAACAAGAGUUGCUUUGGAUAUGACUACACUAACUAUCAUGAGAUAUUUGCCAAGAGAGGUGGAUCCACUGGUCUACAACAUGUCUCAUGAGGACCCUGGGAAUGUUUCUUAUUCUGAGAUUGGAGGACUAUCAGAACAGAUUCGGGAAUUGAGAGAGGUGAUAGAAUUACCUCUUACAAACCCAGAAUUAUUCCAGCGUGUGGGAAUAAUACCUCCAAAAGGCUGUUUGUUAUAUGGACCACCAGGUACAGGAAAAACACUUUUGGCAAGAGCUGUUGCUAGCCAGCUGGACUGCAAUUUCUUAAAGGUUGUAUCUAGUUCUAUUGUAGACAAGUACAUUGGUGAAAGUGCUCGUUUGAUCAGAGAAAUGUUUAAUUAUGCCAGGGAUCAUCAACCAUGCAUCAUUUUUAUGGAUGAAAUAGAUGCUAUUGGUGGUCGUCGGUUUUCUGAGGGUACUUCAGCUGAUAGAGAGAUUCAGAGAACUUUAAUGGAGUUACUGAAUCAAAUGGAUGGAUUUGAUACUCUACAUAGAGUUAAAAUGAUCAUGGCUACAAACAGACCGGAUACACUGGAUCCUGCUUUGCUUCGUCCAGGAAGAUUAGAUAGAAAAAUACAUAUUGAUUUACCAAAUGAACAAGCAAGAUUAGAUAUAUUGAAAAUCCAUGCAGGUCCCAUUACAAAGCAUGGUGAAAUAGAUUAUGAAGCAAUUGUGAAGCUUUCAGAUGGCUUUAAUGGAGCAGACCUGAGAAAUGUUUGUACUGAAGCAGGUAUGUUUGCAAUUCGUGCUGAUCAUGAUUUUGUAGUACAGGAAGACUUCAUGAAAGCAGUCAGAAAAGUGGCUGAUUCUAAGAAGCUAGAGUCUAAAUUGGACUACAAACCUGUGUAAUUUACUGGAAGGUUUUUGAUGACUGCAUGACAGAUCCUGGCUUAAUGUAAAAAUAAAGUUAAGGAAAAUAAUGUAUGUAUUGGCAAUGAUCUCAUUAAAAGCAUAUGAAUAAAAAUAUGUAUGGAUAACACUGUAAAAAUUAGUAAUUGAGUAAUUCUACUUUUAAGAUUGGUACAGAAGAAAUUUGUAUGUUUGUUAAUAUUGCAUUUAUUGCAGCAAAAGUUAUGAGUAUGUUGAAGCUUUUCGUAUUUGCUGUGUGACCAUUUUUGUAAAACAUUGAAAGUAGUUUGAAAUCGUAGUAUGAGAGCAUUUCUUAUGACUUAUAUCAUUUGUUUUCCUCAUUUUAAAAAGUUGAAUAAAAUCUGUUUUAGUUCUCCUACAUAUAUUUUUGUCUUUUUAAAGAUUACAUUUAUGAUGGUCCUUUUAGUAAAUUAUUUAAUAAUCAAAAUGAAUUCUAUUUAGAUUACAGGCUUUUGAAUUUUAAAACCAUACACACACUCAGUGUUCCUAACAGCGUCUUGUUAUAUAAAGCAUAGAUGUGUAUAUCUAUAUUGAUAAUGGAAGGUCUUUAUUCACUCUUCACCUAUGAUUAGACGGUAUGAUAGCUAAUUGAAAUAGUACAUGCGUGUCCAUAACCAUUUUUUAGAUUGAUUAAAAGUAAUAUUUGCUAACAAA